GCACUAACAUGCGACACAUACAGGAAGUGCUUUAUUGGGUUAGUAUUCUUCUGAAUUGGCACUACUUACAUAGAAACAUUGCAUUUCUUCGUCACUUAGUCACUUGCCCUCUCCCAUAUCGAUCUACCGUGUCAUGCUUGACUGGGCUCUGAUGUGUUGAAAACAAGCAAUGUGGCGAGACUUGCUUCAGAAGCUAGUGUGCGUGUCGCUGUGCUAUAGCAGUUCUUGAUAGCACUGUGUAUGGUGGUAGGUACCGUUUCAAAUGUUAUUCCAGGUGAAAUGGGCCAAUCGUGUAGUUUUUUCAUUGAAAGUAGAGUCUUCUAGUGGUGAACUGUUGAUUGAAUAUGGAAUCGUGUAAAGGUGAGCUUUGUUUAUAACCCGUUCUAAGAUUCAAGGAUUACGGAUUUAACUUUGACAACACCUGAGUGUUUCCGGCCUCCAGAUGACUGGAGAGACUAGCUGGCGCUGCUGUUGGAUCGGACUGUUACUAACUUUACCAGAAUAUCUGUCAGACAAAUUGGAAGUAGAUGGCGCGUCAAGUGAAAUGUUUCUCCUGUCUACCUUAGACAGAGAGGUGGUGGAAAAAGUCAGCUUCACUUUGCAGUGUUCGGUCAGUAGAGAUGGUCGCCCGGUCGGGGAAUCGUCGGCUAAUGUACUUAUCUCCGUCGGUGACACUAAUGAUAACCCGAUCUUGUUUCAAAACAACACGGACAAAGCAACCGUGGAUUAUAAUACAGACAGACAGUGGUACAGUAUGAUCCUUAAUGAUCGGGAUCUACUCGGCUGUGAUCAUCACCAAACCUACGUGUCAUUGGACCCCCGAGGCGCAUGCAGUCAUAGCACAAUCGACAUGGGUUACCAUUUGGGGUCUGGGCCACUCCGCCAUGUUGUAUGUCGGCUAAAAGUACAGGUUGAGCGGGAAAAGAUUUCGGACCGCGAUGAAUACACGUGCAUGGUAGCUGUUACAGAUCCUGGAUACAAACCUUUCGGAACUACGAAAUAUUCGAACGAGUCUAUUGUAACGGUCAAUAUCAAAAUGGACAGAACUACGUCUUCGUCACCAUCCGAAGUUUACACAGCAAUGGUUGUAGAAGGUGCUGCACGUCUUACACGGAUUCACACGUUUGGAGAGGUCUGGGGGGGUACACCUAGGAGUUACUUCUCCAACAGUCAAGCAUCACCUUUCGGAGUGACCAGAUAUGACGGAAUCGUUUAUGUAGACAAACCCGGACUGUUAGAAGGCAGUAGACAGCAGAACUUCACAGUCUCAGCGUUCACCACUGAUGAAAAAAGAGAACAGAAAAUUGUCCUCACUGUCAAAAUAUUACGGAACUCCAAAAAGAAAACACAAUGCAACGAAUCGUGUUCUCGCCAUGACGGACGGGAAGGGUGCGUGUCCUCUUGCGGACUCGGACUGCUCGCGAAAACCUGCAUUUGGCGUAUGGGUGAGAAGGGAGUCUGGACCACCAAGUACGGCACGUGUACAUACGACAAGAAAUUAUGCCCAAACAAUAUCUGUGAUGAGCUGGAGAAUCAACAUCCACAGCUGUGUCCUCAGGAUUGUACAAAUAAAACCGUGGGAGCCGCAAAGUUGAACACCAACCCCCCUCGCGGGAUUGCGGAGGCUGUCGGCAACUGUUUCUGUUCCUACACUGGAGAGUGUUCUUGUGCCGCUGAGGAUCUCAGUCCAAGAAUUACACUAAGACCUCGUGAUAGUACGCUGAUUAAGAUACCCCAACUGGACAACGUCGCCGGACAAACGGACAAUACGACUGACCAUGACCACCACGUCACAAAUGGACAGCUCUAUUAUCGACCUAAAGAGGGUGGAAUUGAAACGUCUGGCGGAGGAUGUGAUGAAAACUGUAGAACGACAACGGCCGCUACACUGGGAUGUCUCGGCGCUGUCACUUGUAUCUUUGUUCUGGCCUGGCGCCUAAGAAAACGCAGAUGUCAGAAUAGUCAUAAUAUUAAAAAACGUGUGGGCAGCCUGGUGUCAGUUUCAGCCAUUCCGUCUGAUUACCAGGACGAUCGUGACAUCCACAGGAACUAUCAUGUCGCUCCACCGUCAAGUCACAAGGGGCCGUUGGAUUACACACCAACACCAGAAGACAUGAAGUGGGAGUUUGAACGGGACAAGCUGAUCCUCGAUAAGACCCUUGGGGAAGGCGAGUUCGGCCGCGUGGUGAAGGCUAAGUCGUACAACCUGGACGGAAAGGAUGGCUAUAAAGACGUAGCCGUUAAAAUGCUCAAACAUUGCGCAUCCUCCUCGGAACUGUCGGACUUGCUAUCGGAAUUCAACCUCCUAAAGGACGUAAACCAUCCUAACGUGAUACGCCUCCUCGGGGCGUGUACAAGAGACGGCCCGUUCUACGUCAUAGUGGAGUAUUGUGAGUACGGCUCAUUGCUAUCGUUCCUGAGACGAUCACGGUUAGAGGAAAAUGGAUAUGUCAACCACCGCUACCGUCACAAAGAGUUCACCCAGCACUGUGAGAAUGGCGAGUAUAUGGAGCCCGAGUUACUCUCUAUAGGGGAUCUCUUAUCCUUCGCCUGGCAGAUAGCGAAAGGAAUGAAAUAUCUCAGCGAGAUCAAGCUGGUUCACAGAGACUUAGCUGCAAGGAAUGUGUUAGUUGCUGCCGGCAAAGUUUUGAAAAUAUCUGACUUCGGAUUGACAAGAGAUGUGUACGAGGCAGACACAUAUCUCAAACAAAGCAAGGGACGAAUACCGGUAAAAUGGUUAGCCCCGGAAUCGCUGUAUGCACAAAUUUAUACCACACAGAGUGACGUGUGGUCGUUUGGAAUUGUGCUGUGGGAGAUUGUCACCUUAGGUGCCCCGCCCUAUCCGGGAAUUCCACCAGAACGUCUCUAUAAUCUGCUGAUUGCCGGUUACAGAAUGGACAGACCAGAGUCUUGUACGGACGAGUUAUAUGCCGUUAUGCAAAAAUGUUGGAAGACGGACCCUUCAGAGAGACCGCCAUUUAUUCAGCUGACCAAUAUCUUUGACCGCCUACUCCAACAGAGAACUGAAUAUCUAGAUUUGACGGGAGGCACUGUGGAUGACACUGUCCCUGACGUGUAUGACAAGUGCUUCGGAAACGCUUUAGGAAAGGUAUUUCCUAAACAGAAUCAGCCGAGACAAGCGGACUUGUACGGCAGUAUAAGCGUCAUUUCCGGUAACUCCGAACCUUAUUUAACUCCAUCCACAAGCAAGCCGGCGGUCGACCCGUCAGAUAGUAUUACAACACAAAACACGGACAAUAGAAGAGUCGUCCUUCAUUCAAAUGAAGAUUCCACACGGUUACCUUCCAGGAAGUGCCUAGAUUUAAAAUCCUCCGGAGGAGAGAAGCUCGCGCUGUUAUUGGACUCCGGGACUGCAGUAUUCUCGCCGUCCUCCGACACGGACGAGGAUCCGGACAGUAGAGAAACAGACGUGUUAUCUGUACAAAGAUGCUAGGCUGAUUGUAAUGUCCUCUGUACAUAAAGACUUGGAUCAGAGCAUUUCAUACACAGAUUAUGUAUUUCGCCUAUCAUGUAUAACAGGACCACUAUAUAUAGGAAGGAAAUGUAGAUCAGUUAUAUUUACACAGAUCUAGCCAAAUCUCACCGUGUGACACAGUUUCAAAGGAGGAGAUACCGUACCGAGCAAACAUGCCGGUCUUUCAUUAUUUCUGUGAUGCAUUUCAUUUGCUACUUAAACAUGUUACUAUACAGCAUUGACACAAGAUAUUUCACUAAUUAGGUGUUUAAAGUGUUUAAUUAGCGAUUAAUUUAUACUUAGAGGCAUGAUGAUCAAGCCAAUUUCGUCCACAGCAAAUUGAUUGUGACUGUAUUGAUGACGCAGUAUAUGUAAUACGCGUUUGUUCACGAUAUUUAGCGAUGGUUCGGGCAAUAUCCACUGAACUCCGUGUCAUUCGAUCAUCAGAACAUUAACAAUAUAGGUUCAGUGUAUAUAUCGUGUGUAAUCACAAUAAAGAAUGCAUUCCAUACUAAGUGUAGUAAUUACGACAUGAUCAACUCGGGACAAGAAUAUUAACGUAUAAGCGUUUCUUUAUAGAGAAAAGUUAUUUGAAGCAGAUUAUUACUAAAAUAAUGUAAUAUUUAUAUCAAUCUCAUACCUACCACAUUCCUGUCCUAUCUCUCGUUACCACAUCAUACCUACCACAUUCCCCACGAAUUCCUCCUAACCACGUCAUACCUACCACAUUCCACUCGUAUUCCUCGUAACCACAUCAUACCUACCACAUUCCUCACGUAUCUCUCGUAACCACAUCAUACCUACCAUAUUCCCCACGAAUUCCUCCUAACCACAUCAUACCUACCACAUUCCUGUCCUAUCUCUCGUAACCACAUCAUACCUACCACAUUCCCCACGUAUUCCUCCUAACCACGUCAUACCUACCACAUUCCCCACGUACUCCUCGUAACCACAUCCAUACAUACCACAUUCCUGUCCUAUCUCUCGUUACCACAUCAUACCUACAACAUUCCCCACGUAUUCCUCGUUACCACAUCAUACCUACCACAUUCCUUACAUAUCUCUCGUUACCACGUCAUACCUACCACAUUCCUCAUGUAUCCCUCGUAACCACGUCAUACCUACCACAUUCCUCAUGUAUCCCUCGUAACCACGUAAUAUCUACCACAUUCCCCACGUAUCCCUCAUAACCACAUCAUACCUACCACAUUCCCCACGUAUCCCUCUUAACCACAUCAUACCUACCACAUUCCCCACGUAUCCCUCAUAACCACAUCAUACCUACCACAUUCCCCACGUAUCCCUCGUAACCACGUCAUACCUACCACAUUCCUCAUGUAUCCCUCGUAACCACAUCAUACCUACCACAUUCCUCAUGUAUCCCUCGUAACCACAUCAUACCUACCACAUUCCUCAUGUAUCCCUCGUAACCACAUCAUACCUACCACAUUCCUCAUGUAUCCCUCGUAACCACGUCAUACCUACCACAUUCCUCAUGUAUCCCUCGUGACCACAUCAUACCUACCACAUUCCUCAUGUAUCCCUCGUAACCACAUCAUACCUACCACAUUCCUCAUGUUUCCCUCGUAACCACAUCAUACCUACCACAUUCCUCAUGUAUCCCUCGUAACCACAUCAUACCUACCACAUUCCUCAUGUUUCCCUCGUAACCACAUCAUACCUACCACAUUCCUCAUGUUUCCCUCGUAACCACAUCAUACCUACCACAUUCCUCAUGUAUCCCUCGUAACCACAUCAUACCUACCACAUUCCUCAUGUUUCCCUCUUAACCACAUCAUACCUACCACAUUCCCCACGUAUCCCUCAUAACCACAUCAUACCUACCACAUUCCUCAUGUAUCCCUCAUAACCACAUCAUACCUACCACAUUCCCCACGUAUCCCUCGUAACCACAUCAUACCUACCACAUUCCCCACGUAUCCCUCGUAACCACGUCAUACCUACCACAUUCCUCAUGUAUCCCUCGUAACCACAUCAUACCUACCACAUUCCUCAUGUAUCCCUCGUAACCACAUCAUACCUACCACAUUCCCCACGUAUCCCUCAUAACCACAUCAUACCUACCACAUUCCUCAUGUAUCCCUCAUAACCACAUCAUACCUACCACAUUCCCCACGUAUCCCUCGUAACCACAUCAUACCUACCACAUUCCCCACGUAUCCCUCGUAACCACGUCAUACCUACCACAUUCCUCAUGUAUCCCUCGUAACCACAUCAUACCUACCACAUUCCUCAUGUAUCCCUCGUAACCACAUCAUACCUACCACAUUCCUCAUGUAUCCCUCGUAACCACAUCAAACCUACCACAUUCCUCAUGUAUCCCUCGUAACCACAUCAUACCUACCACAUUCCUCAUGUAUCCCUCGUAACCACGUCAUACCUACCACAUUCCUCAUGUAUCCCUCGUAACCACAUCAUACCUACCACAUUCCUCAUGUAUCCCUCGUAACCACAUCAUACCUACCACAUUCCUCAUGUUUCCCUCGUAACCACAUCAUACCUACCACAUUCCUCAUGUAUCCCUCGUAACCACAUCAUACCUACCACAUUCCUCAUGUUUCCCUCGUAACCACAUAAUAUCUACCACAUUCCCCACGUAUCCCUCGUAACCACAUAAUAUCUACCACAUUCCCCACGUAUCCCUCGUAACCACAUCAUACCUACCACAUUCCUCAUGUUUCCCUCGUAACCACAUAAUAUCUACCACAUUCCUCAUGUUUCCCUCGUAACCACAUAAUAUCUACCACAUUCCUCAUGUUUCCCUCGUAACCACAUCAUACCUACCACAUUCCUCAUGUUUCCCUCGUAACCACAUAAUAUCUACCACAUUCCUCAUGUUUCCCUCGUAACCACAUAAUAUCUACCACAUUCCUCAUGUAUCCUUCGUAACCAUGUCAUACCUACAACAUUCCUGUCCUAUCUCUCGUUAACAUCUCAUACUUUCUACAUUCCCCAGCUAUAUCUUGUUAACCUUCUCCGUCUGUCUUUCGUGAAUGACUUUGUAACCUCUUCGUUUUAGGUCAUCUGAACCGAAGCCUCAGGAUGAGCCAUGGUCAUCGUGAUUCGUCCGUUGUCGUGCGACGUCAAUCGUACUUAAAUUUUGCAUAUUUCAAACUUCUUGUGAAGUUCCACCAGGUGAAUUCAGCCCUAUCUUACCUGAAAUGAUCCUGAGAUGGUUCGGACAAAGUGUUGUUAUUUUUCGGGUCGGUCAAAAAUCCAAGAUGGUCGCCGUCUUGAAGACACAUUUUAAAGUUCUUCCCCAGUUCCACUAGUGCCAUCCAGCUGGAAAUUGUUAGAGUUGUUAAGGAAGGAGAGCCAACAAAUUGUUGCUAUAUUUCGGGAACGGUGGCCAUUUUGUAACUUGAUUGCGCAAUGAUGGUUUUCUUGAAUAGCAUCUAUUUCAAACUUCUUAUGUUCAACCAGUCUGGUUCGAUUCUAACUUACCAAAAAUAAUUCUUAGAUGGUCCUAUAAUAAAGGGGUUUUUUUCCCUUGAGUCGGUCUAAAAUCCAUCUUGAAAAACACAUUUUAGAAAUUCUGCUUCAGUUCAUCGGUACCAUUGAGCUGAACAUUGGUAGGAAAGUUAAAGAAGAGGAGCCGAGUAAGCGUUGUUAUUUUUCGGCCUUUGACACGGAAGUCAUAGUGGCCAUUUUGCAACAUGUAUGCGAAAUCAUGGUUUUCCUGAACAACAUCUAUUUUAAACUUGUCUCAAGUCCCACCAGUGCGAUUCAAUUCAGACUUGGCUACGAUGAUCCGGAGAUGGUCCUGACCUAGUGUUUGGUCCAAAAUCUCAGAUGGCCGCCAUGGCCAACAACACCAGUAUACUUGCUACUAAGUAUGUAUACUACAAUAGUACAAGGCUCUGUAUAGUCAGAUGACCGUUAAGGCCAAUGGGCCGCUUGUUAAUAUAUAAUGCGAAGAAUACCUGAAGCCACAAUUUGUAUUGUUUUGUUCUGUUGAAGAAUUGAUACUCAAGGGAAUUGUAUGUUAUGCGUGUUCAAUGUAUUGUGUGUGUAUAUAAAUGAAGCCAUUUUAUUGUGUUUUGUUGGUUUAUUUAUAUGUGAUAAUAAAACAGGUACACAUAGCAAAA